UGUAUUCUUUUCUAGCGUAUUUAAAAUUGGUAAUCUUGUAUGUGUUGUAUGCGGUUUUGAGUUGUCAUUUAUUAAUCUUUAUUUCGUCCUCUUCUUCUGUGCUUAAAUGUUUUGUAAAAUUUUCUGACCGUCAAUAUUCUGGUAGGUAGUAUAUUUCCAAUUGUAAUAUCCUUGAUUGAAAGUUCUAAAGCCACUGAAACCCAAACACCUUUUCGACCUGGAAAGUCGCUUUUAACACACAACAAUAACAUAAUAUGGGUCAAAAAAUCAGUUCACUCAUAGAUCGUUAUCAAACGCUUUCAAUCAAAGUCGAACAAAAGAUGAUGGACAAACAAAAGGAUAUGAAAACAAAGCCUUUUAUAUGAAUGAAAUACCAAAAAUAUGAUAGAAUAUUUGUCACUUUACACUUACACAUACAUAUGUAUGUAUGUAGAAAUAUAUACACAUAAAAGCAGCACGAAAUGCUUUAGACAUAUUUGAACCGUGCCAUCCACACUGAGUCCUGCUGGCAGUUACUAUGAUCGAUAAUGGCGACUUCGCUGCGUUUAAUUCUAAAAUAGUCUUUCAUUUCUGUUGCUGUCUUCUUACUACACCCUGCCGUUUCUGGUGAAACUCUGUGUGGGACUUCUUAAUAAUUUCUUCGCCUCAUCCGUAUCCUUCAAUAUGGAUACGCUUUUCAUCAACUGGAACACCUCCUUUCCGGCCAUUACCGUUUGUGAGAUCUACAAUGGCGAGAAAAUUUGGGACGUGAGCGAGCAGUAUUUCGGCGCGAACCACGAUCUGCAAUUGGACGAUUUUGUCGGUGAAGUGGUCUUUUUCCGUGGCACCUGUACCACAUGCGAUAGAUGCGAUUAUUUGAAAUGCCCACAGAACAUCACCGAGCUCUUGACACGGUUUCGCGGUAAAUGCGCACAGUUGUUGCUCAAUUGUAGAUAUAUAAAUAAACCGUUCAAUUGUUGCGACGAAUUUCUGCCGAUUCAAACCGAAUAUGGCAUUUGCUUUGCGUUCAACUCGAAUCAGGCACGUAAAAGCGCACAAAUGCAUUUCGCCAGUAGUCGUGAAACCGGUCCUGGCAUAUUGAAAUUUGAUGCCUCUGCGGACAUUCAGCUGCAUAUACAUCAACCCAUUGAUAUUCCACUUCCCUUCUUUGAGAGUACGAUUCGUGAAACAGUGUUGCUUGGCAGCACCAAAGAGAUCGUCAUCAAUGUCAUGGAGGUGUAUAACCAUCCCAGCGUGUAUCAACUCACGCUAGAUCAGCGUCGGUGCCGCUUCAGCAACGAACCCACAGAUUGGGGACUUGAAGUGGGUCUCUAUGAGUUCUAUAGCUAUUCCACUUGUAUUGUAGAGUGCGGUCUUAAAGCGCAGCUGGAACAUUGCAAUUGCAGCAGCCAUUUUCUAGCACCUGCAAUGAAACCGCAAAGUGGAUCUGUGCCCAUGUGCGAUUAUCGCGGCUUGAGUUGUCUCACAAAAUAUUAUGAGGACAUACAACUGGAGCGCAAAUCGUGUGAUUGUAUGAGUUCAUGUGAAGAACCUGAAUACACUAUCGUUUACAGUUCGCCGGAUGCCGACAGUGAAAGUAGUCUGGAGGUGACACAGGUGCAUAUCGCACUCAUUGAUCUACCAACGCAGCGUUAUAUUCGACGGGUCACCAAGACACCACUGGACUUGUUAAUUUUAAUUGGUGGCAUAGUUGGACUUUUCUUUAACGCCUCCAUUGUGCGACUCAUUGAAGUUAUAUUUUUAAUCAAAGAGUACAACUGGAAUGGUUUAUGCAGCAGGAACAAAUAGGAGCGUAUUUAUGCACAAAAAAAAAAAUUCACAACAAUAUGCCCUUUGCUUAGCUUAAUGUAAAGUGUUGAUUAAUUCUUUAAGUAAUUGCUUAUUUCACAACACUAUUUAUUUUAGAAGUUUCAACAUAGCGCUAAUUCAUUUUGCAAUUUCAUUAAAUGUCACACACUACUAAGUGCAUAAGUAUGUACAUAUACACAAAACGACCAUAAUUCUAUGCGUAUGAAUGAAUUAAUAUCCUAAAGGGGCAUGUUAGUGUGACAGCCUAAAAACGGACGAUUUUUGAAAAUUUAAAAAUUGUCGAAUCAUUGUCUCCGCCUAAUCGCUGCAGCAAAUUCGUGUGUCUACGAGAAAAACGCGUUUAAAAAUAAGUUGGUGGUUGAAACACUAUUUGAGUAUAACCCACGUAAUAUGAAAAUGUAAUUUUUUUAAUUUUACACAAACUGUGUCUCAUAACGUAAGAAAAUU